AUGGCAAGAGCAAUGAAGAGUGUGUGGGAAUUCGUUUAUGUUGUGGUAGCAGCAAUGGCAAUGAUUAGAGCAGGGGCAUACGCCUCUAUUUCGUGUAUGACUGUUGCUUCUGAUUUAACCCCCUGUGCCGGCUUUAUUUCAGGGGCAGCCGCUCAGCCGGCCAAGGCAUGCUGUGACGGCAUUAGGAGUCUGAAUGCCGCCGCCAAGACAAAAGCGGACAGGCAAGCCGCUUGUAAGUGCAUAAAGUCUCUUUUAGGCCCCGCUCUUAACUAUACUAGAGCCGCCGAAUUGCCCAAACGCUGCGGGGUAGACAUUGGCAUACCCAUCAGCCGUUCAGUGGACUGCUCCAAGUAA